AUGACAUUCAAGUCAAAGUCUCCAGCAACAAACCCUAACAUUACACCAGAUCCAUCUCAAGAUGGCUCUACCAUUCGCAAAGCCUUCAUCCUUGAAGCAGCCGCAAAUCUCUUCACGAUACCGUUGAUCACAAACACUCGAUUCGUCUUAUCUUUCCUCCUAUUGCGUCCCUCUCAUAUCAACCCCACUUCAGUUCUCUUUGCACGUCUGUUCGGUGGCUUGGUUGUUGGUGGCUUGACAUCCGCCCUCCUAGCCGGCGCCACGAAUACGCGAAAUGGAAUUGAGAGCCGGCGACCUACGUACCUCCUAUUGGGGCUUGGAGAAGCGUGCCUCCUACCGAUUUUGGCGAUGGAAGCGAGCAAGGGAGGAAGUGUGGAUGCGGCGCUAAGUGUAAAAACUGCGCUUGUAUGUAUGGGCAUGUUGGCACCGCCGCUCGUUUGGAGGUUGUAUGUGUUGUUCUUGAGACCGGACUUGCUAGGCAAGUACGUGGAAACUAAGGACGAUGGAAAGAGUGCAACAAAGUAUGGCCUGAUCCCGAAUGAAAGUGGAGACUGA